UUAGCUGUAUCGCAUGGGAGGCAGAUCACAGCUACUGCAGGUUCCUGGUACUGCACCAUUCCUGACAGACAGAUUGCUGGAAACUGUUGAACAAAAGGAGUUGAACAAAAUUUGCUGAAACGACACAGAUGAAGAGGGUCGGCGUAUGGGAUCGAUCUGGAAGAAGAUCAGGCAGGUGACUGAAGACAAAAUGCUGUGGUUCAGCAGCACUCAAGCCAAAUGUCUGCCGGACGGAGGGGCCGUGAACUUGCCUGAGAUGAGCGGUGGCGGGGCGCAGGCUGCGGACAAUGGAGACAGCGCGGCUAACGACCGAAACAGGCAGCUUAGACUCACUCUACAAGAUCAGGAUCCCACAGGCUGCACCUCAGAGCUCCACAGCAACAAGGAGAGCAGCAUAGCAGUAGUGCUGCCACAGAAACCAGAAGAGCGGGAAGAAACACUUGAACUCAUCACCCCCACGGAAGAAAAAGUUGAAGUCAUUAAGGUGUUCCUUGAAGCCCGUCCACAGACAGGCGAGAGUGUCAGGAUGCUGACGGACGAGGUGUCGCAGAUUCAGGAGGUGCGGUACUGUCUGAAGACUCUGAGAGAGCAGAUGGCAGCCAGACAGAACAGUAACAACAACAAGUAUCCAGCCAAUGGCUUCAGAGUCAACGUGCCCAGCAACCUACCAGCUGUCACCAAUGGCAACACUGUUCUCAUUGAGUCGGACAUUCAUGUCGAGGAUAAUCAGGAGGAGAGUGUGAAGCUCAAGGAGGCGACCAAGCGCCUGUAUGCGCAGCUGAAGGAGAUGGAGAAGAGGCACCAGGAGGAGAAGGAGAGACUGCAGGCCGAGUCAAAUGAGUAUGCUGUUCGUCUGGCUGAGCAGUCUGAGCGGCUGCAGAAGGCAGAGGAGCUGUCGGAGGAGAGGGCUCAGCAGGUGGAGGAGCUGCAGAGGCUGCUGGGAAGCAUGGAGGUGGAGAGCGGCAUCCUUAAAGACAAGAUGGCGUCAGGGGAGGCAGAGCUGCUGCAGCUUCAAGCAGACAAAGAGGAAGGGGGAGGGAAGGAGCAGAGGUGUGCAGAGCUGGAGAAGGAGGUGGCUAUCCUGAAGGAAAAGAUUCAUCACCUUGACGAUAUGUUAAAGAGUCAGCAGAGGAAAGUCCGCCACAUGAUCGAACAGCUGCAGAACUCACGGACCGUUAUCCAAGAGAGAGAUCGAGUCAUCAGGGACUUGGAGGAGAAAGUGGCUUUCCUGGAAGCUGAGAACAGAGAAAUGCAUGACCACAUGGAGUACUUCCUGGCAGGCCAGAGCCCUCCACCACUGACACCCACUGAGAACAAGCAGGAGGUUGUUUACAGUAAACCACUCACACCGACGACACUGACCAACAAGGCCCUCCCAUUCAUCAAAGUCAUUGAGAUCAAGUCCUGAAUGGACUGCCAACCAAAGGAAUGAGUAGGAGUAAAAUGCAGUGUAAAUAUAUAUUUAACCACCUACCAGAAUAUAAAACAUAGGUCUGCAGUGACUUGGAAAAAGGCUGGCUUAACAGACCUCAUGGUGACAAAGCACAUCUGUCUUUUGUUAGUCACUCAGUUACUGUUCUACAUACAUUUUCUCAGUUUCAGACAGAACUUAAAAAAGGAAAGGUACAAGGAACUAGGAUCCAAUGGUAGGAGGAACCCUAAAAAGGAAAUAAGGAAGGAGGUAUGCAAUGCAAAGAAUAUUACUGAACUUCUUGGAUAUAUACACAAACCUGUGCAGUUCUGCUUUGUUUGCAAGAGUUCAGUAAAGGUCCCUGUGUUGUAUCCCGCCUCCACCUCUUCCCCAUGCAGAAUCCGAAAUAAGCUUUUCCAACAGGUCAGUGAAAAACAGUGAGAUAGGGUUAAAAUCUGUCAUUUUAAAUAUCUGUUACACAUACAUUUAGAUAAAUGUAUAAGUAAUAACAUUGCAGUUAGUGUGCAUUGAGUGUUUUCAGCUCUUCAUCCUACAGCCUACUCAACCACAAUGCUAAGCAGCAGGGCUCAGGGUCAGAUUCCUCAGUGCUUGGCACCUCAUUGCCAAUAGCAGGCAUGCAGUUGUGUUAUGUCAGCGUUGAGAUAUGAUUGUUUCAAUAUAUUUCUCUGACAUUACAGUGGGUGAAAUAUAAUGAGUGAUAAUGCGAUUUUAUAUAUGAGAAUUUUGACCCUCUUUAUUUUAAUUAUGCUGGAGAAUAGUUGUUUUAUAAUAGGCUGCUUGUAGAGAUUGAGGCUAGUUGAUAGCAUAAUUUUAAUUCUCAUCUACGCUGCCAAGUGCUGCCUCAACACCCUUAAUAUAUAUCCUGUUUGUGCUAAAAGGUUGCAUAUUUAAUAACAAUAAUUGAUUUAACUGAUACAUAAUUAUGGAUUGUUUGUGUGGACUUUGUUUUUUUCUGUAAAAUAUUCUGUUGCAAUCCAAGAUGAACAUUUUUAUUAUUGAGUAACUAUUUACUGUGAACAUUGUACAUAAAUACAUUGAAGUUCAGUCUCUGUCCUCUUUAUUGUAGAUUUCACUCAUUUAUAAUGUAAUUCCUGGUUUAUCUGACUUAUUUGUUCUUGUCAAGUUAUACAAACCUAAAUUUCAUCAUCUGUUGUUGAUCUUUACAUCAUAACCUUGUACUGCCACCUAGUGGAAACAAUAAACAGACUGAAUAUGUA